UCAUCCGUAAUCACAACUCUGUUCCGAAUGACCGCUCCGUCCGGUGUUAUAGAGAUCGACGGCAUCGACACCUCUGCCAUCAGUUUGUCUUAUUUGCGACAAAACAUAUCAAUCAUACCUCAGGAACCGAUACUCUUCACGGAAACUGUGCGCAAGAAUUUAGAUCCAUUCGGUGACUGUCCGGACGAUCGCAUUUGGGAAGUGUUGGCUAAAGUACAGCUCCAGUCGACGAUCGCUACCUUUCCUCACAAAUUGGAUCAAAUAGUGUCCGAAAGUGGCGGCAGUUUUAGUGUCGGACAAAAACAGUUGAUAUGUUUGGCGAGAGCUAUACUCAGAGACAAUAAGAUACUUGUCUUAGACGAGGCAACGGCUAAUGUCGACCCCCGAACCGAUGCUCUGAUCCAAAGUGUGAUCCGAAAUGAGUUCAGUUCGUGUACUGUAUUGACAAUCGCUCACAGAUUGCAUACAAUCAUAGACUACGACAAAGUGCUG